GGCCUCAGUUUCCUACUUUAACACGUGGUUAUAAACUGCCAAUCCCCGGGGAAAUCUUGAGGAUGGUGGUAGUUCUUUUGAAAGGGCAGGACGGCAGAGGCUCUAUGUUUCUGGGCUACAAGAGUGAGGCAGCAUAGGUAUAUAUGUAUAUUGUCAACCCGAACUUGGAGCUUGGAGCGUGCUAUUCGGCGGCGCGUGGCCGCUGGGAGAGAAGCUCAACCCUGACCUGGCGCGUGUUGACAUUCAAAUGAGGCCCAGCCCCCGGCCCCGGCUUCCCUUCAGUGGUAGUGGGAGUCGGCGAGCAGAAAACCUGGGAGCCUGCUGCUUCGGAAAGCUGGGGAGGGUUCUCCGCUGGGGGAGGAGGGCCCAGUGCGGCCUCCCCAGUUAUCUUCCUCAUGGCCAGCGAGCCCUGGUUCGGGGGGCUUCUGCCUACCGGAGUCCGAGACUCCCUCCCAGCAGGAGACUCGGUCCCCGGACCCGCCCCUACCCCGCACGGCGGAGUUGAGUCCCCUUGGCCGGUGGUCCCUAGUAGAGCAGGGGCUUCGGCAGAUGCCGAGCCUGGGGGGCCUGUCCCAGGGCAGCCUUUGGCUUCAGCCCCGCUGCCUGGCCCGCCCCAAGCCCCCGCCCCCGGCCCUGCGCUACUGCCUCUGGAAAGUAUGUUCAGCCCCAUCACGGAGCAGCUCCGCUACCUGCUCAAGAAAGCGGAGGAUUUUCAGAGCUACCUGCUCUACAGCAGGGACCGGGUUCAGAAGGAGCAGUUGGCCAAGGCGAUGCCAACUUUCCUGCAGAUGUGCCAGCCUUACUUCCUGUACCUGGAGUCUGCUGCCAGGGGCAUGCCCCCAAUUCAUGGGGCCCUACAAGAGCUAGUUCGGAAAAGGCUGCUAGAAAUCUCCCAACAGCUGGCCCUUAGGCUGGAGCAGCUGGUGCUUAUGUAUGCCUCCUUCGGGUUUGUGGUACUGGAAGAGACUGAUCCCCUCAGUGUCUCCUGUUUUUUCUGCGGAAAAUUCUCCCUGGGCCCCUCCCAUCAAGUUUCAGUUUUCCGAUACUGCUCUCCAGCCCCUUACACAGCUGGCCGACUUCCCCGAUACCUGUACAAGAAGAUGCGCUGGAAUCUAGAAGCUAGUCCUGAGACCAACAACAGGGGACAUGGGCCUCAUGUAGAAUACUACUUCCUGUGCUAUCGAGAUACUUGGGAGGACACGGGCAAAAGUCCUGCCAACUCUUGUGCCCAGAUUCAAAAGCUCUGGUCCAUUGGGCGCUGGGUGCCCUUGGGCCCAGGCCAAGAUGGUUCCUCCGAUAUCUAUUCCUGGAUCCUGUGCCCUCAGCCCCCGGGGGAAUACCAGCAGCUGCUGACCAUAGGCUUUGAGGAGCCGUCUCACACGCUGGCCACCGAUCUGCUAGUGCAGAUUCUCACGGGCCAGGCAGGGAGCGCGGGACGAGCCCCAAGUACCGCUGCGGGUCCCCCUGGCUGGCCUGGGGCUCCCGGGCCCUGAGCCCUCGGUAGCCCGCGGUUCUGGCUACGUGGGGGGGGGGGUGGGGUGGGAGAGGGUCGCGGAUCCUUCUCGAACCCGCGGGCGGCUUGGGCAAGGGAAGCCGAGGACGCGGCGAUUCCCUCUAGACUGCAUAGAUAGUUCUGGAUUUAAUA